UGGAGGCGGGAUCCGGUGGCAGAAUAUCUCCGCUUUCGGCCUUCCCCGCAUUAGUCAGUGACUGUGUCCUGAGGCAUCAGCCGUCUGGACCCGCCGAUAAGUGGUGAUUACUCAUCCACGAUAAGUCGGUGGAAAACGUCAUCUCAUCUGCCUUACAUGUAGUUAUCCCUUUCUGCACCAAUCCAGUUUGGUAUAUAACAGCUGCUAGUCUAACAUGGCCAACGUCGCACUGCUCGGCUGCACCGGCAUGGUGGGGAGCCACAUCCUUACCCACCUCCUGGGCAACUCCGCCGUGACACGCAUUGACACUAUCUCCCGUCGCACCCCUCAACCCGCCACUGCCGCGCCCCAAGAAAAGCUCACCACCUUCGUGUCCGACGACUCCUCCAAGUGGGCUUCGCAGCUCUCCUCCCUGACCCCAACGCCAGACAUCUUCAUCUCCGCAUUUGGAACCACCCGCGGCGCAGCUGGCGGCUUCGAGAACCAAUACAAGAUCGAACAUGGUCUGAAUGUUGAGCUGGCCCGUGCGGCGCGCGAUGCCGGCACCAAGGUGUACGUGCUGAUCUCGUCGACCGGCGCUGACAAGAACUCAUCCUUUGGAUAUCCCCGGAUGAAGGGCGAGAUUGAGGAAGAGGUGAAGGCGAUGGGAUUUGAGAGGACAGUCAUCUUGCGCCCGGGACUUAUCUCCGGGGAGAGGCAGGAGAGUAGGCCUGCUGAGGCGGUGAUGCGGGGCUUUGCGGGUCUUGUUGGCAAGAUCCAUUCCGGAUUGAAGGAUGGAUGGGCGCAGGAUGCGGAUGUUAUUGCAAAGGCGGCGGUUAAUGCGGGAGUUAAGGCUUUGAAUGGCGAGGUUCCGGCUGGGAGUGAGAAGGUGUGGGUGAUGUAUGGGAAGGAUAUUAUUCAGUAUGGGAAGGAGUAGUAGCCUGUUUGAGAAGGGUUAUUGUACUAUGAACUAUUUAUAUAUGCUAUCCGCAGUGCUUUAAUGAGGUAACUUUUGGUUCAAAUGUUUUCUAAUUCAGCAAUGAAGUGACAAUACUAACACCAAUUACUCUCUCAAGCCUGCGA